ACCGUGGGUCACGGAAGAAGUGCGACAGCUACUUCUCCCUUACGGCCGUGAUGACAUGUCAACAACAGUCAUGGCAACCAGCUGCAACUACUGGGAAGAUUUACGGAAGCAGGCCAGACAGCUGGAGAAUGAGCUGGACCUUAAGCUGGUCUCCUUCAGUAAACUCUGCACAAGUUACCGCGGCGGCCAUGACCAGCAGGAAAGAGACAGCAGGUCAGAGUCUUUCGGGCCGUUCCAAGACAACGUGCUGGUGGCCAUGACCUCCGAAGUGGAGCAGCUCUUGUCUAAACUUUCGGCGGUCAAUGACAAAAUGGCGGAAUACACGAACACACCUGGAGCUUUGUCUCAUAAUGCGGCUUUAAUGCACACCUUACAGAGACACAGAGACAUUUUACAGGACUACACACACGAGUUUCACAAAACCAAAAGCAACUUUGUGAGCCUUCGAGAGCGGGAGGACCUGCUGGGCUCUGUUCACAGAGACAUUGAAUUCUACAAAAGCAGCUCAGGAGUGAAUAACAGGAAGUCUGAACUUUUUCUAAAGGAACAUGAACAUCUGAGGAACUCAAAUAGUCUCAUCGACAAUGCAAUAAGCAUUGCCAUGGCUACAAAGGAGAACAUCACAUUUCAGCGUGGGAUGCUGAAGUCCAUUCAAACCAGGGUCACAACUUUGGCCAAUCGUUUCCCUGCUAUCAACAGCCUCAUCCAAAAAAUCAAUCUGCGCAAGAGGAGAGACUCUUUAAUCCUGGGUGGAGUGAUUGGUAUCUGCACCAUUCUCCUUCUGCUCUACACUUUCCACUAAACAUACAGCUCCUGUAACUCAGACCAAAUGUUGCCUAGAGAUUUAAUACUCUCUGUUGUAACUGAGAUGAAUAAUUGCUAACGGUUGUUUUCUUGUGAUGUUGACACUAUAAAUGCUUAGAGAUAUUUUCCUAGAAUCAUGUUCUGUUGAUGUAAGUUUUUCUUAAUUAAAAGGUGGUGAGCGUUCAA